CGACGGCAUGCUGGUCCGAUGUCGGACCACCAGCGGACUGACGGGAACCUCCAGUCGGAGUGGCUCCGCGCGGCUACGAGUUCAAAAGUCGAUGGGGAGCAGGGCACCGCGCCUGUGGGCCGCGCUCCCCGACGUCAUCAGGGUGGCGGCUGGAGCGGACGCUGAGCUGUACUGCCUGGCCGAGGGUUACCCGUCGCCGCGAGUACAGUGGUUUGAAGUACGGGACGGCCACCCCUACCCGCUGUUCCCCGCGGGGCGAGUCGAGGUCAGCGGUGAGCGCCUGACCGUGCGCCGCGUGACGUCAUCAGACGCUGGCCGGUACCGCUGCACGGCCAACUCGUCUGCGGGAGGCGCUGUUCACGAGACUACGGUGGAGGUUGCUGUUCCCAGCCGGGUCGUAGUCCGGCCUAGCCAGCUGGUUGUCAACGCAGGACAAACGGCUCAGCUGUCCUGUGACGUCACUCCAAAAGAACUUUCGUCUGACGUCACCUGGAUCAAAGACGGCCGCCUGUUGGGAGUUCCGGCCGGACAGCUGACCAUCCGCCUGCGGGAUGGUGACCCAUCCGUGGCCGGCAUGUACCAGUGCCACGUGCCUGGUGACCUCGGUACAGCACAGGUCAGGGUUGGAGCGUGGCCGGCCCGCCUACUGACCUCGCUGGUGGACCAGACGGUGCAGCCCGGGUCAGGCACGGCCGUGACCUUGACCUGCACGGCCGCAGGUUCGCCGCCGCCGCGCUUCACCUGGACCAAGGACGGCGUGAUUCCGCCGCAGCUGGGGGGCAGGUAUAUGGUUCGGACGAGCUCCUCGGGCUCCAGUGACGUCACCAGCCAGCUGACUGUGCACCAUGUGACUGCGGAGGACGGCGGAGUGUACCGGUGCCGAGCACAGAAUGCCGCCGGCAGCGCGCGUGACUCAGCCAAAGUGAACGUCUACGGUCCGGCCCGCGCGCUGCCACGCCGCGUGGUGACCGUGUCGGCCGGUGCGGCGGCCACGCUCGUCUGCCCCGUGUCCGGCUACCCGCUGUCCGGCUACCGGUGGCGGCGCGAGCCGCCUCAGAUCUCGCCGUUCGGCUUCCCGGAGGAGCUGACCGUCGGCCAGCGCACGCAGGCCUCGUGCCUCAUCACCUCUGGCGACUUGCCCAUCGACAUCGCUUGGCUUAAGAACAACGUCACGCUGGCGCCGGACAGCCCGCACGUAGAGACGCUCAGCGGCGAGUUCUACAGCAACCUGGUGUUCAAGCACCUGCGCUGGGAGCAGGCCGGCGUGUACACCUGUCGCGCCACCAACAGGGCGGCAGCGGUGCAGUCCUCGGCCCGGCUUGUCGUGCGAGUGCCGGCCCGAUGGCUGGGCGCGUUCUCCGAUUCUGUCGCCGUGCUCGGCAGUGAUGUCACAUUGAACUGUUCAGUGACUGGCCAGCCUCCGCCCACGGUCACCUGGACGCUGGCCGCCGCCGACCGGCCGCCGGCGUCUCUCCGCAACACGUCCGACGGCCGCCUCAGCGUCGGCGCCGACGGCUCUCUCGACAUCCGACGGGUCGUCGAGAACGACACCGGCAGCUACGCGUGCCUGGCGACCAACGGCGUAGGCCCGCCGCUGCGUCGGUCCGCCCGGCUCACCGUCACAGCUGGCCCCGACCCCGGCACUCUGAGCGUGUCCGCCGCCGGCCGCGCCGACGGCGGCCCGUACACCUGCGUGGCGCGCAAUCGUUACGGCGAGGACAGCACCACGUGGCACGUGCUAGUAACCGAGCGGCCGGAGCCUCCGGAGAGCCUGGAGCUUGUGUCGGUGACUUCUCGGUCGGCGCUGGUGACGUGGACGCCGCCCUACGACGGCAACAGCGCGCUGACUCACUACGUGGUGCAGUACGCGGCCGAGGAGGCCGUCACCUGGACGACCGCGGCGUCCGAGGCCACGCGUGGCGCUGGAGCCGACGCGCUCCAGGACGGCUUUGUCUGGAAGGUAACGCUUGAGUUGGUCUGCAAGUUCGGCGUCAACGAGACCGUAUCGGGCCGGCAGCGAAGUGCGCUGGUAGCCGGCCUUCAGCCCAGCACCACCUACCGCCUGCGGGCGUUCGCCGUCAACCGGCUGGGCAACAGCCGACCCAGCGCCGCACUGUUGGCCCACACCGAGCCGGAACCGCCCGCCGGCCCUCCACUCAACGUGCGCCUGCGGCCGGUGGGGCCUCACACACUCCGGCUGACCUGGAGACUUGUCGUGUCGCUCCGCUACCUGCGACCUGCCACCGCCUACUCGGCCACAGUGCGAGCGUACAACCUGGCCGGAGACGGGCCGUCGAGUUCCCCGGCCACGGCGUCCACGUGGGAGGAUGGAGACGCAGUGCGCGUCCAGCAGGAGGAGGGCACCACACUGACGCUGCGGAACCUCUCGGCGUUCACAAACUACACAGCGCUGGUGUCGGUGGUCACGGUGGUCGGCCAGGGGCCCGACAGCGCCCCGGUCACCUGCGUCACGGCCGCUGACGUGCCAGGUCCACCGGCCGGCAUCAAGUUGGUCUCGCUCUCCGCCACAUCCAUGCUGGUCUCCUGGCUACCGCCCCGGAAGCCGCGAGGACUUGUCACCCGCUACUUCGUCUACCAGAGGAAGUACGUCACCAAUGACCAGAGACGGUUCGAGUGCUCGCCCGAGCGGCGUUUGAUGCUGGCGCUGGAGCGUCUGGACCACUACCAGCGGUACGAGGUGUGGGUGAGCGCUCUCACCGCCGCCGGCGAGGGCGCACCCACGCGUACGCUAGUCUACAAGGCGCACGACAAUACGUUCCACGUUUGGUACCGGGCUGGUCCCGGCCCCGAGCAGCAGGUGGCCCUGUAUGACCUGCGGUCGGAGGUCGUGCUGGAGCGGCUGCUCUGCGGUGUGCAGUACGCCGUGGCAGUGUCCGCGGACAACUCGCUCGGCGGCGGCCCGCGCAGCGAGAGCAUAUACAUAUCAACACGGGGUGGCACUGUGUCACCGUGCGCCUGUACGCCUGGUCGUCCUCUUGCGACGUCACGUCGGUGA